CUUAGCCGUUUUUGGUACUGAUGGUAGGAAAGGUAGGCGAUUUUUUCGACUCCCUAUCCCUGCUACCCGCCCCCCCUUUGGUUCUCUCUCUUGUCUUCUUAGCUUGCUAUACUUAUUCUCGUCCUCUUCACUUUUCUUUAUGGAUACACCGGAAUUCUCACUGUCGAAGCGACAUCGUCCAAAGUCGCCAUGGCGGCAUCACUUUGCUUGGCUAGAAAGCCUUAUCCACCCCUCUGUGCCUGUUCUACCACAAGAUACUCGAGCGCCGCCCCAACCCUGGUUCCUUCGUCUUCCUUUGAUCCGUUACGCUAUCCUUGUCUACAUUAUUUUUGCCGUUGCUCUAUCAGCAACUCACGUCGUCUCCUGGUGUGUAACCCAUCGUUCCUUAUCCAGUCCGCGGGUGUUCAAAGAUUGGAUUCCCAAACGGACAUACGCACAAGAUGAGCCCUUUUCUUUACUGGAUGGGAUGCCGCACGGUUUGAAAAUGGCGAAAAUGCUGGAUAAAUCGGACUACGAAUCCACGACCAAGGUUCAACCGUACUGGUUAAGAACGGCGCAAAAGAUCCAUCCAGAAGGACUAAGUUUAAUGGUGAUGAUUACGCCCGAAUCAUGGUCUGAUCUGGUUCGUCUGACAGACCAUUGGCAAGGUCCCAUCUCAGCGACCUUGCAUAUCGGAACCGAAGAAGACGGAGUGACGAUCAAAGACAAAAUUCGUCAUGCGUAUCAGGAACACGCAUCUCGUUUUCAAUCGGUGGACGUUCAUUUAAUAGAAACUACUUCACGAUCGCCUUCAGUCUUGCUAUCUCGUAACGUGGAGCGCAAUAUCGCUCGAUUAUAUGCACGUACACACUACAUCUGCGAGUUGCCAUCCAACGUUAUUCCUGCAACAGAUCUCCGACGCAUGCUCGACAGCAACAAGAAUGUUUACGGGGAUUAUCUUCGAAACGGUGAUAUGCUGAUAUUACCACUGUUUGUCGGCAACAAUCGACCAUCUUUGCGCAAUAUCCCGAACCACAAAUCCAGAUUACUGGAUCUCGUGCGCAGAGGAGAGAUGGGAUUGUUAGAUCCGACCUUUGAACUCAAUCAGGGGCCCACCAAUUUGAGCCACUGGGAGAUGGCCACUCAACCUUAUAUCAUCGAGAAAUAUGACCUACAUUACGAGCCCAUCGUGAUUCAAAGUAAAUUUGUUCAGCCCUGGUGUGCUGAGCGGUUUUUAGAUAGGAAAUCGGCGUGCUUAUUUUCCAACCAUUUGGCAGGAGGUGACUUUUGGGUAUUACCACAGGAUUUCGUGGUCCAAGUAGCGCCAACAAAACCAACGACUCUCUCUUCUUUAGAUGCUGUGAUUGAAGACCGACUCUAUUCCAAGUUUUUCUGGGAACAGUGCGUACAUCACGGACGACAAUUGGAAGCUUUGGGACUGUGGUACGGCCCGCGAUCAAAAAAUAUCCAUACUCAAUGCUCACGGGUGAUUAAAAAUUGGGGACGAGGAUUGAUCGGAAAAGCAGAAUAGACAUCAUUCCCAAGUUUUCACGCAAUAAUUACAAUACAUUAUCACACACCCUCUGUACACAAGG